AUGAAUAGCUAUCAAAAUACGGAUGCUGUACGGGAAAAUGCCAUAGAGAAUGAUGGUAUCAUGAACACGAAUGGCGAGGGAGAAACAACAAAUGAGUAUGUGUUGGGUGUGGCCUUCUGGACAUUUGUUCUUUUCAUGGCGACUGAGGCAGUGUUUGCGGUAAUAGCAGGCUCUCAAGCAAUGUUGACGGACGCAUUGGCAAUGUCAGUUGAUGCCCUUACUUAUCUAUUCAAUUUGGUGGCGGAGCGAGUUAAGCAUCGACCAAUUAGUGACAAAGAGAAGCUGCUGCCGACCAAUGUUUUUGAAUAUCGUAGAGAAAGGCUUAGGUUAUAUCUCGAAUUGGUUCCACCACUGGUCAGUGUUGUGACCCUUAUUUAUGUUACUGUGGGAGCAACUCAAGAAGCCUCAGCGUCUCUGAUGGAUCGUAGCCAGGAUAAUGAAGACGUCAGCGUCGGUUUGAUGUUCUGGUUCUCUCUCGCAAAUCUAUUUUUAGAUUUCUUGAACGUCGCUUGCUUUGCAAAGGCGCAUCAAGCAUAUGGAAUGAUGUCAACCGUCAGGAAGGAGUCUGCUGCCUUUUCGAGUCCAAAAGCCAACAGAAUGACAGAACAGCAACGAUUAUUGGGAAGCAAGAAGUCGGAUGAAAAUGACAACGAAAACGACUUUGUUGUUAAUCUAAACAUGUGCAGUGCAUGGACGCACAUCAUGGCGGAUACCCUUCGUAGUGCAGCAGUUCUCAUUGCUGCCGCCAUUGCGGUUUGUGUAAAAAGUGUCACGGGCUCUAUUGCUGAUUCAGUUGCAACGAUUGUCGUUUCAGUGAUCAUUCUUAUCAGUCUCUUGCCCUUACUACGAGGACUUGUAAUUACCGGCAAGAAGAUUAUUGCUUUGAAAGCUCCAACUCCAACUAUUGAUGUAUAA